CGACCGAUCGCCGGGAGUUUCGAAGGGGCCGUGGUUGCUGUGGCGAGAACGCAAAAUCCGGAAUCAAUCGAGCCGUUUCACGUCGCAAUUUUGUUGCUGACGACGUGCUGGUCCACGCGAUUCCGGCCGGAGUUGUGAAGAACUCUUUACGCGAAUCGAUCGAUCGGCUCGUGCCGGAUUUUAUCGAGAUUUGGCGGUUGGACCCGGAAGUCGUUGGAGCUGAAGCAUUGAAUUCAGCUGCCCAAUUUCUGGUCUCCCGUCUCGGCUGUGCGUACAAUGAUAUAUUUUCCGAUAAUUGCAGAAAUUCCGAGGGUCAAGAAGCGUACUACUGCAGUCAACUGAAAUAUGUCGAA